AUGCAUCCCGUGUAUGCAGAAGUUCCCAUCCAGGUAAAUGCCACCCGGCUACUUCGCCUGGAACCCACUCGGGGCGACCACGAUGCUACUGUGUGCUGCUCACUACACGUUAUCUCACUGGGGGACUGCCCAGAGCACGAUGCUCUGUCCUACUGCUGGAGCGACCACACCGAGCAAAGAAACAUCAAAGUCAAUGGCUACGAUAUCGAGGUAACAAGCAAUCUGGAGAGCGCACUCCGCCAUAUGAGGCGCACGGAACAUCCGAGAUCGCUGUGGGUCGACGCGUUGUGCAUCAAUCAGCAAGACACAGCCGAGCGAAGCUCACAAGUCGCGCUGAUGCAUGAGAUUUACCAGAAAGCCACCAGAACACGCGCGUGGCUUGGAGAGAAUCGCAACAGCGGAGAAUCCGCCCUCGAGUUCCUGACCUGGUAUGCUGGUCGAAAAGCACUUAUGAACCCAUCCGAUGUUGGCGGCCGCCAUGAGGACUAUGAAACUGAAGGCUGGUCAACUGUGACUGACCUCAUGCAGCGGCCCUACUGGCGCCGACUAUGGGUCAUGCAGGAGAUUGCUUUGUCUUCGAGUCAGCCUAUGGUGAUAUGUGGAAAGAAAAGCAUCUCCUGGUACACUCUGCUCUCGGCUCUAGGAACUGGUGAGUCUGCACACUAUGCGGCGCGUCUGAACAGAGUGAGAGGAGCCACCAAUCGUUACGCAAAGCAAGAAUCUGCCAAGACGCCAAACACUCAAGGUCGACACAUUAUCUUUCUACUUUCACACUCAUCAGGCUUCAAGACAACAGUGCCCGUCGACGGGGUAUACGCAUUGUAUGGCUUACUUAGGGUUGCUGGCAUCGCUGACUUCAAGCCAGAUUAUACGAAAAGUGCUGCAGAGGUCUACAAGGACACGACUGCGUACGUAUUGCGCCUGAAAGACGGUCUAGACAUGCUUGAGCUGCGCUCUCACGAUCAAGUGAACGAUCUUCCAAGUUGGGUUGUCGACCUGUCAAAACAGUCUCCUCUAUCAUUUCCAGUACCAAGCAAAAGGCUGUGGGAGAGAUCAGACCAGCCAGGUGCCGCCCGACCAUCAAAUAUAAUCAUGGAUGCCAGUCUUGCAAUUCUGACCACGACCGGCACUGUCAUCGAUGAAGUUGAGCUUGUCGAACCAAUUCCUACAUGCCUAGCAACGGCGUUCCGGCGCGCGGCUGAGGCAUCACCAGUGCCUUCAUCAGGCGAAGAAAGCUUGCGUUCGAGCAACAGCUCAGCAUUAGAGUACUGGGCACGAACGGCAGACUGUGGCCAUUCGGUAUUGUUGUGCCGGACCGUGCUCGAGUAUCUGUCCAAAUACCAGGAUGCUGUCAGUUUCUUUAACGCAAACAAGACAGACGCUACCACUUCGUGGCAACCUCGUCCUUGGGAUUGGAAGCAGAUGCUACAAGAAGCGCCGACGUGUGACCUGCACAGUGAGCCACCGGCGACUGAAGUAGAAAAGGGCUUUGAUGAGCGGUACUUCGCCGCUUCCACUCCACAUCUAUGCACACUUGGCUUAAUGCUACAUGGACGUCUGUGCUUUCGAGCUAAGGAGAACUUUAUCGGCGUUGGCCUUGUGGGACUUCAGCCAGGUGACAAGAUCGUAGCCUUCCAGUCUACCAAGCAGCUACACGUCCUACGACCUGUUCACGGCUUCCAUCGUUAUGUAGGUGCUGCGAUCCUGGUGGAACAGAGUCACGAAGAUGGGCCAUCGCAGGUCUCUUUAUCCAACCUCUUCAUGAGAGUCCGCUCUCGAGACAUGCCAGACCUGCAAUUCAUUAUUCAGUAG